AUGCAUUGGAUUGAACAAAAUUUCAGUGCCCAUAAGCUACAUUUAUUCGAGCUGAUAUUUGUGCUGAUUGCUGACGGAAAUUUACAUGAUGACGAUAUUGUGUUCUCGAAAAUUGUGCACAGCCGUCGAACGCCGAUCGUGUUGUUGAGUACAAAGACUGAUGACGAUUUGGAUGAGGAAUCACGUGAGACAAACGAGGAAAUCAACGAUACCCUCAAAGAACUCUACAUUGAACGAGCACGGAAUGUGUUCUCGAGAAUGCUUCACCAUAAGGCGCAAAUCUUGGCCGAUAUCGAAAUGCUGUACAUCAGUGCAGCGGUGAUUAAGGACCAACUCAAUGGAACCACGUCUUGCUUGCGCUAUAAAGUGGAUGAAGACAGAGUGCUGGAGUUGAUCGGAUUGAAACCAGGCUGCCAUUAUGCACUCGAGAAUUCGCUUAGGAAGCAAAGGGUAUCGUACAGUCUGCGACCAACACUAUCGGCACGUUACCAAAUGGGCGAUAGUUCUCCGCCUACCCAAAAACGCACACCGCCCACGCAAAAACGCACACCGCCCACGCAAAAACGCACGGAAGACAGUGCAAGCCAUCGUUCGGCGACGGUUCUAGCUGAUGCUGGUUUUGAGAUAUCGUACUCCAUUGACGAUCGCGUUCACACUAAUCCUGACCCUUCAAAAUGUAUGACCAGGCGAGCUGGAAAGACGACGUUCAACUACGCCUUCGCUGGUGGUUCAGGAACAGGCAAAUCGUCGUUGAUCAAUGCGAUUCGUGGAAUGUCAAGCAGACAUCCAAUGGCCGCUGGACGCACCCGAAGCAAAUCCGCAUCUUUGUGUGAAAGAUUCGAAUUUGAUGACGAUUUAUUGGCGUAUAGUGUGACGCUAUGGGAGCUGCAUUAUCCGAAGAAGAUCAGUGCAUUUUUUGAGUUUAUCGAUCAAUAUCAGUUGGCGAAUUUCACUGCCGUUUUCAUACUUAUCAAUGGCGUUCCAAGUGAUGAGGAUCUGACGUUCGCUAAAAUUGCUUUCCGAAGAGAUGCAACUAUUGUCUUCCUUCUCUCGAAAUGCGACAGAAUUCUGAUGGCACGAUCGAGAAGUGAUGAGAUUCCGAUCUGCGAUCUUCUUAAACAGCGUUUCGUCGAUAAAGGUAUUGUGCGAUUCGAUCGUGUGAUAUCGUCGAAUGCACCCGAACUGUGUGGCCGUGUGCACCUGUUCUUUGUUAGUGCACGUGUGUUCAAAGCGUUACGAUCGGGCACCAAACAAGCGUUGGUGUUUCUGCUCCAUGAACGUGCCGUCUUCGAUUUCUUGAAGCAGAAGCGUAUGAUCGCCGAGAUGCUCGACUCGCCGAACACCGAAUUCAAAGAAGGCCUUUAUGCAAGCGUCAAUCAAACUACGUCUCUUCCACAAAUUCCAAAUAUCGUCUGA